AUGGCGGCGAACUCGCCUCGCUCCGAGGCGCACGUCGCGAAAUCGGGAACCGCAAACCAGUACGAGCCUCGUGCAAGGUGCAACGAUGACGAACGAGGCCGUUACUCCGGUGAAGGGAGACGUCGUGGCCUAGAAUCUCUAGCACUGGUCACCGGAUUUUUUAGAAUUUUACCCUGCGUCUGGUUCGUACAGUCCACCGUGCCCAGGCGAAGAGGCUUCCUGGGCACAGCGGCACGUCCCCAUCGAGUGCGUCCUUCGGCGCUGCCGGGCACUCGGGAGACUGCGCGUCACUUUGCGGAUCCGCAAAGUCCAUGCUCGCAGGUCCUAGUGUACUCGCUACUUCAACUGCGCGAUGGUGUCCCGCGCUCUCACUAA